AUCAACUCGUUUAUUAAAACUGUCAUUAUGAUUCAGCUUGUUACGUCUCAUGUCUUGACAGAGGAAACAAAGGAUGGCGAGCCGUUCCUGCAGGUCAUGGCUAGAUCAUCUGUUUACAAUGUCGGCGAGGAUAAAGCAAUUUACUGCAAAGGACUGAAUCUGCCUGAGAAAAUCGUAUGGUACUCGCCAUCGGGCAAUAUUGUCGAGGGACGUUCCGUCAAGAACACCAGGGUAUAUGUACAGCCUAAAAACGAAUCACUAGUUAGUAGUCUAGUUCCACUCAUCAUUCACAGCGCUAAGAUUGAGGAUAGCGGAAACUGGACUUGUAAAGCAGGGCCACUUAGUGAAAAACUGGAAAUCCUUGUAGGAGAAAAAGUUAAUUUGAGCGUCAAGGAAGACAAUCUAAUAGGAGAAGAGUCGAAAUCUGCCAAACUCGACUGCGUAGCUAAAGGUUAUCCAAAACCAGUAGUUCAUUGGUACAAGGAUUUAGUACCUAUCGUUGAUGAUCAUAAGAAAUAUAUCAUAAGAAAAAGGGAAGACAAUCAUCAGUUGGAAAUCAGGAACCUGACGCAUCAGGACACUGGCGAGUACACGUGUAAAGUGACACAAAAAGCGUUGUCUUACUACACAUACAAGCGAGUAUAUCUUACUGUGCAACAUAAGCCCGUCUUGGUCAACCAUGAAACAAACGAGGUCUACUACACAAAGUUUAGCAGUGAAGAGGUCUACGCUAUUGUAAACAAAACAAAGAACAUCACGUGCAGUGCCAUUGCGAGUCCUCCUCCGACUUUCCGUUGGAACAGGCGCAUCAAUGGUUUCGAUACAGAAAUUAUUGACGAUGAAGAUACGGUUUUAAAAUCAGCCGAUGGUACUAUGUCAGUGUUGCAAUUGAGAGUGUACAACGAGAGCUACCUGGGAGAGUACGUGUGCUCAGUGUCUAACAACAUGGGACACGUAUCUAUCGUCUUCGACGUUCAAUUAGGCAAUAAGCCAAACCCGCCAGAUUCUGUAACAUUUUUGAAUGCUUCAACCACCGAAUUGACAUUCAACGUCACUUGCUCGACCUGCAACUUGGCGAUUGAAGAAGAAGAUAAGUCUCCCGAUCCGAAAAAUCUUACGGUUAUCGGCUAUACAUUCCUAGUCGUUCCAUACCAAGAGAAUUAUCCAGCUGAUUGGGAUGCAGCUACGGAAUUCAAAGUUGAUAUCGAAUCACCUUCAGAUACGGUGUUCACGGUGGGUCCACUGGCGAACAAGACACGAUACCACGUGCGUGUCAGUUCGCGCAACGCGGCUGGCAAUUCCGAGUGGGUGGACGUAUCUCCCGAUCCCAGCACUGGGCUCGCCACACGCCUCGCCACCUCAUUACUACUGUUAUUCGCCUCCGUGCUCGCCGCUUUUUAAUGUCUCACUUGCACUAAUCGAAUUGCGUACAUCAUUCCAUUGAUGCCGCUCGAUAGAAUAUCUGGUAGGCAAUAUUGUUGAUGUUGUUUUAGUGACAGUGUUGAAUGUAAUAGUCAAGAUAAUACUACCAAUUUUGCUAAUACAAUUUCCUUCAUAAGAGAAUAGAAAUUUAUUGUAACACUGUCGAUACAUUAGUGUAAUCAAUACUUAAUUAAU